AUGGGGGAAAAGAGGUCGAAAGGAGGGUGUUGUGGUUGGUUUAUUGCGCUUGUGAUUCUGGCUCUUGUUGUUGGUGCUGUUGUUUAUGCUGUGAAGAAGAAAAUUGAUAAAGAUUCUGAUAAACCAGCUCCGGUUCCGGGUCCUCCUGGUGCCAUUGAACAGAAAUAUGCUUCUGCUCUCAAAACUGCAAUGCAGUUCUUCGAUAUACAAAAAUCUGGCAAGUUAGAGAACAAUAAAAUAAGUUGGAGAGGGGAUUCGGCUCUUAAGGAUGGAAAACAAGUGAAUAUAGAUCUUUCAAAAGGAAUGUAUGAUGCCGGGGAUCACAUGAAGUUUGGUUUUCCAAUGGCUUUUACUGCUUCGGUACUAUCAUGGGCGAUUCUGGAAUACGGAGAUCAAAUGGAUGCGGUUGGACAAUUGGAACCAGCUCAAGAUUCGCUCAAGUGGAUCACUGAUUUUCUCAUCAAUGCUCACCCUUCCGAGAAUGUUCUGUAUGUUCAGGUCGGUGAUCCCGUUGCAGAUCACAAGUGUUGGAAUAGACCAGAGUCAAUAAUCGAGGCACGACCCCUCUUACAAGUGAACACAUCCAGUCCCGGAUCAGAUGUCGCAGCUGAAACUGCCGCAGCCAUGGCAUCCGCGUCUUUGGUCUUCAAAAAGUCAGAUCCUACAUACUCAGGCACUCUCCUCAAGCAUGCAAAACAGCUAUUUACUUUUGCGGACGAUUAUAAGGAGAUUUAUAGCGUGAGUAUACCUGAAGUCGCAACAUAUUAUAACUCAACUGGAUUUGGUGACGAGCUUUUAUGGGCAGCUACCUGGCUCUAUCACGCAACUGGCGAUGAUUCUUACCUUACGUAUGUGACUGGCCAAACUGGAGACGAGUAUGCUGAAUUCGGAAGCCCAACCUGGUUCAGUUGGGACAACAAGCUCGCCGGAACUCAGGUUUUGUUAUCUAGAAUAAGCUUCUUCAAUUCAAAGGGUGUUUCAAGUUCAUAUGGUUCUGGCCUUCAAAAAUACCGGAAAUCUGCCGAGGCUGUAAUGUGCGGCCUUCUUCCAAAUUCUCCAACAGCCACAACAAGCAGAACCGAUAAUGGUUUGAUAUGGGUGAGCGAAUGGAACUCUUUGCAGCAGCCUGUUGCAUCGGCAUUCUUAGCUUCUAUUUACAGCGACUAUAUGCUUACAUCGCAAACUGCCAAAAUUAAAUGCGAUUCAGAUUCCUACACCCCAAAAGAUCUUCGAAACUUCGCCAGAUCUCAGGCUGAUUACGUGUUGGGCAAGAAUCCUCUGCAUAUGAGUUAUCUGGUGGGAUAUGGAAACAAAUUCCCGCAAUUCGUUCAUCACAGGGGCGCUUCAAUUCCCGCUGAUGCAAAAGUUGGUUGCAAAGACGGCUUCAAAUAUCUAGAUUCAUCUGAUCCAAAUCCCAAUGUAGCAACCGGAGCCCUUGUUGGCGGACCUUUCUUAAAUGACACUUACAUCGACUCUCGGAACAAUUCUAUGCAAGCGGAACCAAGCACAUAUAACAGUGCUGUCAUAGUUGGUCUCUUGUCAAGUUUAGUCACCACGUCUUCGGCGGUUCUAUCAUUUACCUAA